CCUUACUUCGCAGUGUGACUGUUGCUGAAUGAUCAUCGAUAACCCUGAAUUCACACUUUUACAACAGCUGAUUCAGCAUCAAGAACCAUGAUUUUACGGUUAUAUGGUCGUUUAUUUAGCAUUCAAAACUGUAGAAUUUCGUAGUUUUAGAGUAUUUGAAUAAUAAUCCAGAAGCCUCAAUUUCUCAUUUUACAGUCACUGAAUCAUCAUCUAAAAUCCGUAUUUGUAAGUUCUUUGAAUUUCUUAAUCGGAACCCAAGUCCUUAAUUCAUAGCUUCACAAUCUUAAAGUCGCUUAGUCAUCUUAAAAAAUGUCCAAACCCCUAAUCUUACUCAUGUACAUAUGCCAAAUCAUUACCGGAAACCUCAUUGUUUCAGUUCUACAGUGCUGAAAUGGUGCCCAAAAUGGUGAAGAGGGUCGGCCAUUGAUGGGACCCCAUGUUCUCACUUAAAACUCCAAAAGUGACGUAACUUUCGGCUUAUAUCCAUGCCGAUUGUCUGCAAUCUCACAAGUUAUGCGAAAUUGGGGAGAAUUUACUUGAUUUACAGGCUACCUUCACGGUCUUUACGCUCCUAUUCUAAAGCCUGUUUCUCCUCUGCAUCGUUGUAUGAUACACCCAUGGAUAUGAUAAAAGCAACUACACACCUAACAUCUGUGGCACAUGAAAGAAUUGCUGUGCGAUUUGAAAAGAGAAGUCAUAGUUAUGGUCAACUCUUCUCUUCAGCUUGGCAGAUAUCCAACUUAUUACAGGCAUUGAAAGUAACAACUACUGAAAAAUCAUUUCAGUCAAUGCAAGUUGCUCAAGGAAAAGGAUAUCUUGAUGGAGCACGAGUAGGUAUCGUGGCAAAACCCUCUGCCGAAUUUGUCGCAAGUAUGUUGGGGACCUGGCUUGGAGGUGGAGUGGCUGUUCCCCUUGCGCUUAGCUACCCAGAAGCUGAACUCUUUCAUGUGAUGAAUGACUCGGAUGUUUCUGUCCUUCUAAGCACUGAAGAUCACGGAGAGCUUAUGGAGAAUGUUGCUUCUAAGUGUUCUGCACAUUAUUCUCUCAUCCCCUGUGUUCCGAGUAAUUCAUCAGAUAGUGGGGUCCAUGAGGCCUCUGGAGCAGUAGAAGUGGGUAGCCUCACUGCCCUGUGGGACCAUUUGAAGAAAACAAAAGCUGCAAAAGGAGAUGACCCUGCAUUGAUUGUCUAUACAAGUGGCACAACAGGCAGGCCUAAGGGUGUUGUUCACACGCAUGAUGGAAUUAAAGCGCAGGUCCAAAUUUUGACAGAGGCAUGGGAGUAUUCAUCUGCUGAUCAAUUUUUGCACUGCUUACCACUACAUCAUGUGCAUGGUCUUUUCAAUGCUUUGCUUGCCCCUCUUUAUGCAGGAGCUGCGGUUGAGUUCCUGCCGAAGUUUACUGUAAGAGGGAUCUGGCAGAGAUGGCGAGAAUCAUACCCAAGAGAUGGAAGUAAAGCUGAUGAUGCUAUCACUGUGUUUACAGGAGUUCCAACGAUGUAUACUAGAUUAGUACAAGGAUAUGGAGGGAUGGAUGCUGAAUCACAAGCUGCAUCUGCAUAUGCUGCACGCCAGUUACGACUCAUGAUGUGUGGUUCCUCAGCACUUCCUUUGCCUGUGAUGAAACAAUGGGAAAAUGUAACUGGUCAUUGCCUUUUGGAACGCUACGGAAUGACUGAGUUUGGCAUGGCUUUAUCAAACCCUUACAGAAGCGCGCGAAAAGGUGGCACUGUUGGCAAACCACUCCCUUAUGUGCAGGUCAAAAUUCUUGCAGAGGAAGGGAGCGAAAAUGCUGCUACGGCUGAGGGUGAGCUUGCUGUUAAAAGUCCCUCACUUUUCAAGGAGUACUGGAAUAAGCCUGAGGUAACCAAGGAAUCAUUUGUGGAUGGUUUUUUCAAGACUGGAGACUCAGUUACAAUAGAUGACGAUGGAUACUACAUAAUUUUGGGCCGUACAAGUGCUGAUAUCCUGAAAGUUGGUGGAUAUAAACUAUCAGCAUUGGACAUCGAAGCAGCAAUAUUAGGGCAUCCGGAUGUGGCUGAGUGCUGCAUACUGGGUUUACCGGAUCAAGAUUACGGGGAAGUUGUUUGUGCCAUUAUUGUACCUGAAGCUGGUGCAAAGGCAAAAGCUGAUGAAGAAUCUCGACCUGUUAUGACCCUUGAACAGCUUCAGACUUGGGCUAAAGAAAAGCUUGCUCCUUAUAAGAUACCAACUAGAUUACUUUUAUGGGAGUCGCUCCCCCGAAAUGCAAUGGGAAAGGUGAACAAGAAAGAGCUCAAGAAACUAUUGGAUCACUGAUUGCCAAACUUCACUCCACUUGAAAGAUGCUAAAAAUAUAAUGCAGUGCAACCAUAUUUUAGCGAUGUUUGUGUAUGUAGUUGUGUUUAUAGUAGUCAAUUUGUUAUAAUUCAUGGUCAAUUUGGAUCCACAGAUUAAUGCCAUUUGUUGGUGUAAAUGUUAAAUUGGCCUCAUUUUUGGCCUGCAAUGUAUUAAUAAGCUCUUUGAGACAAAGCAUGCAUGAAACAACAGACUUGGAGAAUUCUUAUAAAGAAGUAUGCUGUGUAAGUGGCAUCUUAUGCAUAAAGCGAA